AUGGAAGUUUUGUGCAUCUGUGGACAAUGGAUCUCAAAAGAAUCUCUCCAGUGGGAGUUUCUUGUUGAUUUGAAGAGGAAUGCAUCAAUCAUUUCCAUAGAAGAAGAUCUACUGUAUGAAGAUUUGAUGAAGAUUGUCUCUGAAGAUUUUAGUGUUAAAGAGGAAGAAAUCAGUUUGAGUUAUGCGAUUCUUUCUACUGUGCAGAGUGAAAAACAGAGUCUUCUAUAUGAAGGUGUUUCUACAGUUCCUCUGAAUGCUCUUCCUGAUUCAGCUAGCUGUAACACUCAAGCUUCUGAUACAUUUGCUUCUACUGUUCCAUUGAAUGCUAAUCCAGUGAUUCUUUCUACUGUGCAGAGUGAAAAACAGAGUCUUCUAUAUGAAGGUGUUUCUACAGUUCCUCUGAAUGCUCUUCCGGAUUUUAGCCCUGUCCAUAUUGGACUUUCACCAACCACGAGAGGAGCUGGCGAUAUUAAGGUGAAUAGCUAUUUUAAGACAAAGAGAGAGUUGAUGUUGAGGAUGAAGAAAUGGGCUUUAGAGUGGAAGUUUGAGUACAAGACUGUCUCUUCUAACAAGUCAAGAGUGCUUUUGAGUUGUGUUGAUGAAAAUUGCACGUGGAGGAUGCGUGCUAUCAAGCUACCUGUUUCAGAUUUUUUCGUUGUUAAAAAGUAUGUUCAUGAGCAUACAUGCGAUACAACACACAGGAAAGCCAACCACAGACAAGCAUCUGCAAAGUUGUUGGGUUCUUUGAUUUCCAGCAAUUAUGGAGAAAAAAAGGAAGGUCUCAAACCGAAACAGAUCAUUGAACAGGUCAGGAUGCUGCAUGGUGUUCACAUCAAUUACAAACAAGCUUGGAGAGUGAGAGAAGAAGCUCAGAUUUUGGUUAGAGGGACUCCUGAAGACAGCUAUUACAAUUUGUCUAGGUGGUUGUAUAAAAUCACAGAAACAAACCCUGGUUCCUUGACUUAUCAACAUGUUGAUGCUGCAGGAAAGUUCAAGUAUGCAUUUGUGGCUUUUGGUCCAUCGAUAAGGGGAUUCUCAUUGAUGAGGAGAGUUAUUGCAGUAGAUGGUACAUUUCUGAAGGGAAAAUUCAAUGGGACUUUAUUGGCAGCUUGUGCUCAAGAUGGGAAUUAUCAUCUAUAUCCUCUCGCCUUUGCAGUGGUUGACGCAGAAAACGGCGCCUCUUGGAAAUGGUUCUUUAGAGGUUUGAGCCAGAAGAUCCCGGACGCUUCGGAUCUUGUUUUUGUAUCAGACAGGGCUAACUCCAUUUCUUCAGCGUUGGAGGAUGUAUAUCCCUUAUCUCACCAUGGAAUUUGCAGGAUCCAUCUGCUCCGCAACAUCACUCCUACAUAUGCGAAGACUGGGUUGCUACCUCUGGUGGAAAGCGCUGCUGAUGCCUAUACGUGUCACGAGUUCUGGUUAAUCUUCAAGGACAUAAAGGAUAAAUGUCCUGAAUUGGCUAAGUAUCUGGAAGAGUCUGAUUUUAGGAAGUGGGCACGAAGCUAUGCGCCUGCGAACAGGUAUAAUAUCAUGACUACCAACAUUGCAGAGUCUCUCAAUUCUAUGUUGAAGAUGCCUCGUGAGUUGCCCAUUAUCUCUCUCCUUGAAACUAUCAGAUUGACGAUGACCACUUGGUUUUUUGAGCGACGCGAAGCGGCUGCGAAACAUAAGCACCUGGUUACUCCAAAAGUUGUGCAGAAAUUGGUAUCUAGGUUAGGGGCCGCAAUGUUGUUGAAUGUGUAUCAAGUUGAUCGAAGCGAGUUUGAGGUGAAGAAUGAAACAAUGAAGUUUGUUGUUGACUUGGAGAAGCGGCAUUGCACAUGUAAUGUUUUCGACAUUGACAAGAUCCCCUGCAUCCAUGCCAUCGCUGCUGCUAAGCAUAUCAAGAGAGAUGAAAACCGUUUUGUUGAUGCUUCUCACUUGACAGAAACGUGGGCUAAAGCUUAUGCUGAAAGCAUACAUCCUGGUGGAGAGUUGUCAACGUCCACCUAUCCAGAGAAUAUUGAUGAACUGUCUUGCCCACCUCCAGCUACCAAAAAGAAAAGUGGACGCCCUCCUACAAAGAGAAAGAGAUCCGUUGGCGAGUUUGGGGUUCCUAGAUCUAAAUCUCAGUCCCACAAGUGCAGCAGAUGUGGCACAGGAGGGCACAACAAGAUCACAUGCCAGAGGCCUAUAGGAUGA